AUUCUUUUGUUAUUAAUCAUUCAAAAUGGCGCUGAAGGAAGCAGUCCACGAAAAAAUAAUCAAUGAAGUCAUCAAGCAGCAAAGAAAGUCUGGAGAAUGGAAAGUUUUGGUGGUAGACAGCCUCAGCAAACGGAUGAUCUCAGCAUGUUGCAAGAUGCAUGAAAUCAUGUCAGAGGGCAUCACUUUGGUGGAGGAUAUUAAUAAGAGAAGGGAACCCCUGCCACUUCUAGAAGCUAUUUACUUGAUUACACCAAUUGAUAAGUCUAUAAAAGCAAUGAUUACAGACUUUCAAAAUCCGAACAGUACACAAUACAAAGCAGCCCAUGUGUACUUCACUGAAGCAUGCCCUGAUGAGUCAUUUAAUGAGCUAUGCAAAUCUACAAGUGCAAAGUUUAUCAAAACGUUGAAGGAAAUAAACAUUGCAUUUUUACCUUAUGAAUCUCAGGUUUACUCUUUAGACUCAGCUGAAACCUUUCAGUUUUACUACAACCCAAACAAAUCUUCAGGUCGAACAAUUAACCUAGAGAGAUGUGCGGAGCAGAUAGCUACCUUGUGUGCAACACUGGGAGAGUACCCCGCUGUCAGAUAUAGAUCAGAUUAUGACCGCAAUGCAGAAUUCGCCCAGCUUGUCCAACAGAAGCUGGAUGCCUAUAGGGCUGAUGAUCAUACAAUGGGAGAGGGUCCUCAGAAAGAUCGCUCCAUGCUGUUGAUUCUAGACAGGGGGUUUGAUCCUAUCUCACCUCUUCUUCACGAGCUGACUUUUCAAGCCAUGGCCUAUGACCUCCUGCCUAUUGAAAACGAUGUCUACAAGUAUGAAAACACAAGUGGUAAUGAAGUGACAGAGAAGGAGUGUUUGUUGGAUGAAAAUGAUGAGUUGUGGGUGGAGCUAAGGCACCAACACAUGGCCAUUGUGUCUCAGCAGGUAACAAAGAAACUGAAACAAUUUGCCGAGUCCAAACGCAUGAACACUUCGGACAAGACCAACAUCCGUGACUUGAGCCAGAUGCUGAAGAAGGCACCUCAGUACCAGAAGGAACUGAGCAAGUAUUCUGCUCACUUUCACCUGGCUGAGGACUGCAUGAGGCAGUACCAGAAACAUGUUGAUAAAUUAUGCAAAGUCGAACAGGAUUUAGCCAUGGGGACUGAUGCAGAUGGAGAGAAGAUCAGGGACCACAUGAGGAACAUCGUGCCCAUUCUUCUGGACCAGAACAUCACAGCCUAUGACAAGAUCAGGAUCAUCCUCCUCUAUAUCAUCCAUAAAGCAGGAAUCUCAGAAGAGAACUUGGCCAAGCUUGUCCAGCAUGCCCAAAUACCAGUAGAAGAGAAGUGCAUCAUCACCAACACACAGAACCUGGGUGUCCCCAUCAUACAAGAUAUAUCGGAAAAGGCAGAAUCUGAAAGCGGUGAACCCACAACGGGUAAGAAGGGUAUUCUCAAUGAAAGUUAUGGAACUUUUCAAGGACAGGGAGGCAGGCGUAAAACUCAGCAGCCAUACCAGCCAUUUAAUCGCAAGGUUCGGGCAUCAGAACACACUUACCAAAUGUCAAGAUGGGUUCCAUACAUUAAAGACAUUUUGGAGGAUGUCAUUGAAGAUAAGUUAGAUGCCAGGCACUUCCCCUUCCUGUCUGGUGGAGCCUCAGCUAGACCACACAUAACAGGUGGACAACGCAGUGCUCGCUAUGGCCAGUGGCAUCAGGAAAAGGGUAAAACAAGCUACAAGUCUGGUCCCAGGCUCAUUGUGUUCAUCAUUGGAGGGGUGACUUACUCCGAGAUGAGGUGUGCAUACAACGUCACACAAUCUGUGAAAAACUGGGAGGUCCUCAUAGGUGCUACUCACAUUCUGACUCCAGAAGGUUUCCUUAGUGAUCUACGAAGUCUGAGCACAAGCCAAACUUGAUUGUGUUAAUAGGGUUACCCCUUUUUUUUUUAAUAUUCAUCCCCAUACAACGCCAUUUUAUUAAAUUAUCAAGCUGUACAACUCUACCGAAGAUAAACCUAGAUAAAUAUAGCAACAUCCAAUAUUUGUGUCUUUUAACAUGAAAAUUUAUAAUAAAUGUGUAAGAAAUUAUAAUAAUUGCUUGCAUUUUAAUAAUGCUAUAUUUGCACAUUACUGUUUGCCAAGCAUUUAAUUUUUUUGGAUUUAUUUCAACAAUACUUUUAAUGUGCAAAUUUCUUUUUAUUUAUUUUAUUUAUAAAUUUAAAGCUUUGACAUUGUAUUUUUGGAAGGUUUAUCUUUUUACUUUGAUGAGUCUAUCUAAUUGGUGCACCAUACCAUGUGGGAACAAAUACCACUACAAACAGUAAAAUGGUUUUUUUAAAUACAUGAAAGCUGAUCAGCUGGAUUGUUUAAAAAAAUCAGUUGGUAAUUUUGGGUAUUAUUUUUUAAUGUGUGCGAAAGAUAGAUAAAAAUGUGUAUGAUUGUGGAGUAGUUUAAUUAAUGUUAGGUGUACUUGCCAGGAUUGGUACUUACAGCACAGACUAGUGUUAGUGUAAUUUAUUUCAUUCACCGCUUAGUUAUUUUACUAUUUCAUGUUUAGCCUUAGAUUGAAUGUAUGUAUAAACUUUUUUUUUAAAAAAGGAUUGAUGCCCCAUGUUUGAUGUGCAAUACUUUAUUUUCCGCCUUGAACAAAGGUUCUGUUGUACAUCUUUGUUAUAUUAACAUUCUAAUUCUACAGUAUGUGAUAUAUUCUUAAUUUGUAAAUAUUUUUCAGAUUUUUUUUUUUCAUUUGUCAAUGUAUUAUAUUAACAGACCUCUGUGUAUUAAUUACUUUGUCUGUUAAUAAUUACCUGUCGGUUAUUUUUAAUAAACCCUACUCCAGUAUCAGUAAUGUACAUUUGAAAGGUAAAAUCAACAGGAGGUACAUCAUGGUUUAACACUAUGCAUCCCAAAAUAAUUAGUGGAAUUGUUGUGGAAUCCUACUCAUUAAAUUUCACAUACUUUAAGUAUUAAUUCUAUAAGUAGUAAUUUCAUACCUCAUCUAAAAUGAGGUUACUUGCCCCUCUCCCCCUCCAUUAAAAUUGAUGCUCUGUUCUGUAACCAAAGUCUCCACUAGUAAUCCAACGGAUGCCAUUUUCAUCCUACCUGGCCACAUUGUAACAUUCCAGAAAAGUUAGGUUCAUUUUACUUGUAUUUAUUAAGGGUGCUUUUCAUGCUUGGCCAUUUAAAUACAAAAAGUAAUUGUUUCACUAGUCCAGAUUGCUGUAAAUUUUUUAGAUACAUUUAACUCAUCACAAUAAAUUUAACUUAAGU